UGCAUCAUAACAGCCUGUAGUCCUUGGGGGUCAGGUUCAGCUCCAGGUCUAGGUCGCUCCAGGUCCUGUCUUGUCCGGAUCAGCGGUCCAGAUGUUGAGGCUGGUGCUCCGGAGGCUCCGGCCGGCCCACCGGGUCCUCUCCCGGCCCCCUGCCCGUCUUGAGGGCUCCUCCUCCUCCGCCGCCGGGAUCCGCAGCUCCUUCCUGGACUUCUUCCAGGACCACGGACACCAGCUGGUCCCCUCCGCCCCGGUCCGUCCCCGGGGGGACCCCAGCCUGCUGUUCGUCAACGCCGGCAUGAACCAGUUUAAGCCCGUCUUCCUGGGGACGGUGGACCCUCGCAGUGAGAUGGCGUCGUAUCGCCGCGUGGUCAACAGUCAGAAAUGUGUCCGAGCCGGAGGUAAACACAACGACCUGGAGGACGUGGGCCGGGACACAUCCCACCACACCUUCUUCGAGAUGCUGGGCAGCUGGUCCUUCGGAGACUACUUCAAGGAGGAGGCGUGCAGCAUGGCGUGGUCUCUGCUCACAGAGCAUUAUGGGAUACCAGCAGACCGGCUGUAUGUGUCUUACUUCGCUGGAGACGCUGCGUCCGGUCUGCCGGCAGACGACGACACGCGACAGAUCUGGUUACAAAUCGGGAUUCCUCCUGCUCGUCUGCUGCCGUUCGGCCUGAAGGAGAACUUCUGGGAGAUGGGGGACUCCGGUCCCUGCGGGCCCUGCACCGAGAUCCACUAUGACCACGUGGGAGGACGAGACGCCGCCGGGCUGGUCAACGGCGUCAGUCCUGACGUGGUGGAGAUCUGGAACUUGGUCUUCAUACAGUACAACAGGGAGCUGGACCACCGGCUGCGUCCACUGCCCCGGGUCAGCGUGGACACCGGGAUGGGACUGGAGAGACUGGUGGGCGUCCUGCAGGGUCAGAGGUCAAACUAUGACACCGAUCUGUUCACGCCGCUACUGCACGCCAUCCACCAGAGGUCGAAGGUGCGGCCGUACGCCGGCAGGACGGGCGCGGCCGACGAGGGGAAGGUGGAUAUGGCGUACCGUGUGGUGGCCGACCACAUCCGCACGUUGUCUGUCUGCAUCGCAGACGGCAUUCAUCCAGGAAUGUCAGGAGCCGAGCUGGUCCUGCGGAGGAUUCUGCGGCGUGCAGUUCGGUUCUGUGUCGAGGUUCUUCAGGCUCCUCCGGGGGCGCUGGCCAGCCUGGUUCCAGCUGUCACUCACAGUCUGGGUGACGUGUAUCCCGAGCUGCGCAGGGAGGAAAGCAGGAUCAUGGACGUUAUCAACGAGAACGAGGCUCACUUCCUGUCAUCUCUGCAGCAGGGCAGCCGGCUGAUCCUCCGCACGCUCCGCACCAAGGACUACAAACAUGGAGGCUUCUUCCCCGCCUCGGUGGUCUGGUCUCUCCACAGGGACCUGGGUUUCCCUCUGGACCUGGUGGACCUGAUGUUGGAGGACAGAGGAGUCCAGGUGGACCGUGAGGAGCUGGACCGACUGAUCUCUGAGAACCAGAAGGUGAGUUCUAACCAGCAGUCAGGUGUUCAGUCUCAGGUGAUGUUGGACGUGGUCAGCCUGGCGGAGCUGCAGCGUCUGGGGGUUCCCCACACCGACGACAGCCUUAAGUACCAGUACUGCCUGGAGCAGGACCACUACGUGUUCCCAGCAUGCAGUGGGACCGUGGUGGCUCUAUAUGACGGGCAGGUGCUGGUGUCGGAGGUCGGCGAGGGUCGGCGUUGCGGCGUCAUCCUGGACCGAACCUGCUUCUACUCUGAGCAGGGCGGGCAGUCACAUGACCGCGGCUACUUCACUCGGGACGGUCUGCAGGACGUCCUGUACCCUGUGGAGGCCGUGGUUCCAGCGGGGGGCUAUGUGGUCCACCAGGUGACCACCGCCGACAGCCUGAAGAUCGGAGACCAGGUUCAGCUGCACUUGGACCAGGUCCACAGACUGUCUUGUAUGGUGAACCACACCGCGACUCACAUCCUGAACUUCGCUCUGAGGAAAGUUUUGGGUCGAUCAGUUGAGCAGCGAGGAUCUCAUGUGACGGCUGAUCGCCUCCGCUUUGACUUCAGUGUCAAGAGUUCUCUGGAUGUGUCUCAGCUGCAGCAGGUGGACAGGUGUGUUCAUGACAUCAUCUCAGCCAAUCAGAUUGUCCACAGCCAGGAGCUUCCUCUGAGGACAGCUGGGAGCAUCAGAGGACUGAGGACAGUGGACGAGGUCUAUCCUGACCCUGUCCGGGUCGUGUCUCUGGCGGUGCCGGUCUCUGAACUGUUGAAUGAUCAGACAGACAGGGAGACGUCUGUGGAGCUCUGCUGUGGAACUCACCUGCUGCAGACCGGCGCCAUCGGGGACCUGCUAAUCAUCUCCGAGAAACAGAUGGUAAAAGGAAUCAGCCGGAUCAUCGCUGUGACGGGACGAGAGGCCGCACAGGCGAGGGAGCAGGGCCACGUAUUGUCUCAGGACGUGGACUCUCUGUCCGCCAGACUGACAGGCUCCGCCCCCUCACAGCUGGACUCCGCCAAGCGUCUCGCCAAGGAGGUCGGCGUCCUCUCUGAUGCUGUAGAUAACACCCCCAUCCCCCAGUGGCAGCGACGAGAACUGCAGGGCCGCCUCCGAGCGCUGCAGAGGACCAGCAACACGGCCGUCAGGAAGCUGGAGGCCAGAGAGGCAUCGGUGAUGGCAGCAGCUCUGCUGCAGCGGAGCGGCGUGAAGGAUCUGCAGGUGGACGUGGUGGAGACGGACUCUCUGUCGGUGGUGAUGAAGACGGUGAACCAGCUGAGCGCUGCGGCGCCUCGCAGUCACGUGAUGCUGCUCGCUCACCAGAUGCAUUCUGGGAAGGUUCUAUGUGCCUGUCAGGUUCCCAAGGACUCGGCAGGCCUCUCGGCGUCUGAUUGGGCGAUGGCUGUGUGUCGUCACCUUGGGGGCAGCGCCGGCGGCUCCGCACAGGUUGCCAAGGGAACAGGAAGCAGCAGUGACAUCACGGCAGCGCUAAGGUGGGCGGAGGAGUUCGCUCGCCAGAAAGUACAGCGAUGAUGUCAUGAAGAGAGAUGACAUCACUCUGACAUCACAGCUGAGAACUGUUUCCUGUUCGGACAGGAAGUACGGGGGCCGGGCAACUGUGAGCCAAUGAGACGUAUGGUCGGGGGUAGGGGUUUGGCCUAGCUGGUGGGCGGGGCUAGUCUGCACUACUGUCAGCCAAUGAGAAAAACUAUAUAAGCUGUCCUGUUUGUUAGCAUACUAAUGUUAGCUCAAAGGUAGCACUGUUGUGACAGGUAACUGUAAGCCUCGUAAGCCCCGUAAGUUGUUCAUAUUUAUAACUGAAGAUAUUUUAUAUUUGUUUACAAUAAAAUCACUGCUGAGACCAA